AUGGGCGUGCAGGGUCUGUUACCAGUUCUCAAGAGUGUUAUGGACCAAGUUCAUGUGUCCAAGUAUUCAGGAAAGACCGUGGGAAUUGAUGCGUCUGGAUGGCUGUAUAAAGGAGCCUAUAGUUGUCCCGUGGAUCUUGUUUUAGGCCGACGAACCGAUGCGUACUUGAACUUUAGUAUUCAGCAGAUUACACAGCUACAAGAGCACAAUAUUACGCCCAUAUUCGUCUUUGAUGGGGCGCCAUUACCAGCAAAAGCACAAGAAAAUGCGGUUCGUAGCAGAUUGCGUGCAGAGUGGAAAACAAAAGCUCAGAUGCUAUUAGAGAAGCGAAAAGAAGAACAAGAUUGUCGUGCAAUUUUUGUAGCCUGUACAAAAGCUCUCACGGUGACCAACGAUAUGGUCAUGAAUCUAAUCGCUGUGCUGCGACGAAUGAACAUUACAUUCUUUGUUGCACCGUACGAAGCUGAUGCUCAACUAGCAUUCAUGUCGAGACAAAAGAUUGUAGAUGUAGUCAUUUCGGACGACUCGGACUGCGUGCCGUAUGGAGUCAAAACAAUUUUGUUCAAGCUGAAUCAAAAUGGAUGGGGCAGUGAGCUCAAAAGAAGAAGUCUUGGUGCUAAUGAAGACCUGUCGUUUGUUGGAUGGACCGAAGAAAUGUUUGUUCAGUUGUGUGUGCUGGCUGGAUGCGACUACUGUCCGUCUGUCCAUGGCAUCGGCAUUAUUACAGCCUAUAAGCUUGUAAAUCAGUACAAGACACCGAAUGAGGUCCUGGAAGCAUUAAAGGUGAAAAAAGAGUCAUUGGUGCCCAAAGAUUUUGCAGAACAUUUUUACUCGGCGAUUCUCACUUACCGUCACCAGCUUGUCUUCGAUCCUCGUGAUGCGAAACUAAAAAUGAUCUGUCCACUUGACAUUUCAAAGGACAUUCUGCAGCAAGUAGACAGAAGCCUUGAUUUUCUCGGCAACGUGGAGCUUCGAGACGAUGUUGUUGCGUCAAUCGCGUUGGGCCAAAUUCAUCCAGUCACACACGAAAGUUAUGUGUGGAAAGAUACCGCCGCUGCCAUUGUACUUGAAGAACAGGCAGUUGAAAACCUCAAGCAAAGCACAACACGCUCGUUAACUUCCUCCGAAAGCAGUGGAAUGGUGCUGCCAAACUUCCAGCAAAAGAACGCAGAAAUCGGUGCUAACACUAACACACUGGACGAUUUAUCGCAAGAAGACCCCAUCACGACCCGAGGCUCAAACAGAUUGCAAACGGCGACAUCACGCGUCCGAUAUGAAAAGCCACGGCCAUCGUCGCGAUCAUCCUGGACGCACCUCGACAGCGUCUUAGGCUCGUCCGACCAUAUUGUGAAUUUUCGAAGCCCAAAAGUGAGCGAAAAUUUCAAGCCUUUAGCUGCGCUUCGCGAACCUCUUGCAUUGAUACGUAAUUCCAGCGUUGCUGCGCAAAGUUUCAAGAAAUUUGAAAGCUGCCCAGUGCGCGACCACGUGAAGCGCGUCAGAAACCCAGCCAACCGAAGACGAGAUGGCAAGGGCAGUGGCUUCGAAGGCGAGGUACUAUGCAGAGUCGACCAGGGUCACAUUUCCAGUCUUGGAAGCAACACCGGAGUCCGACACAGCACAGUAGCAGCCGUCUGUGACGCAGAUCGCUUGACUGACGACGAAAAUGCCUUGCCUCAGCAAGCGAAGCGGCCUAAAUUAUUUAAUCAUCCUUCGUCACCGUCUUCACAGCUAUCAGCGCACCUGUCAGAAGCCAGUAGCCAGAAGCUGCUUAUUCGCCCGGCGCCAUUCGGUUGUGGUCAAAGACAGGCGGCUUUCUCCACCAACAGCAGCGGCUUUAACCGGAAGCUGCCACAACAUCACUCGCAGCAGCCGCAUUGUCUACCGCCAGCUGCUGCAAAGUCAGUAUGUAACUACGCCUAUGCCACAUCGGCCGAGGAGAAAUGGGACCGCAUUCUGGGUGACGAUAUCGAGGAUGAUACCAACAGCAGCGGCAGCCAGAUAGGAGACCAAGAAAUUAGCAGUCCUCCUGCUAGCUUCGUUGCGUCUAGCAGCAGCAGCAGUCGUUGUCAGCCCCUGGCACCGAUCAAUAAAUCCAGCGGAAGUUAG